AUGUCCCGCAACCGCCCCCGACCCAGAGACAACGGGUUUGGCAACAAUGAGGAAUUGGAGCUCUGGACCAAGAUCUGCCAGGAUAUUCGGAAAUCUAAGGAGAAGUUCGAUCAGCAGAAUUCAUUAUCCGCGCAGAUUAAAGCUUUGGUAGACAAGAUCGCGCAUGAUGGCAACCAACCAACCAUGGCUGAACACGACCAACUCGACAGCUGGCUCCGCCUGAGCCAGAAGCUCAGCGAAGACGAGCGCUCGAUCAUGCAGGACGAGCCAUGCGAUGUAAUCAAAAACCUAGAACUGCUCACUGCAUUACGCAAAGCAUCUGAAGCCGAAGCACCUCCGAAUAGGUCCGCAUCCUUCAACAAGUCUCGCAAGAAAAGAAACGAAAUCGAAGGUUCGGUGACCGACUCCCCCAGUGCCUCGGGGGCUGACAAGACCGCUCGCUCAAAGGGGGACCGUCCCACGCAGCGGAAGCGUCUCAUCGAGGAAGGCCCGUCAGAGGGGACCAAGGGCACUGCCGCAGAACGGAGCGGCUUACUGGUGGUUGGGGCUGAGGUUGUCUUCAAACACAACAAGAAUAAACAAGGUGUCGAGGGCGAGGGGAUCCAAUGCAUAAUCAAGGCUGUCAGUGGCGACGGACCGAAGAAACGAUAUGAUGUGCAGGAUCCCGAGCCGAAUGAGAAUGGCGAGCAAGGGGCGGUUUACAGGACUACCGCUGCCUCUCUUAUUCCCAUUCCUCAGCUCAGCGCCCACUUGUCUACGUACCCGGUUGGCAAGCAGGUCCUCGCGCGAUACCCGGACACCACCACUUUCUAUCGCGCGGAAGUGAUGGGGGCCAGGAAGGACGUCUAUCGCCUCAAGUUUGAGGGCGAAGAGGACGAUAAAGAGAUGGAGGUUGACCGGCGAUUUGUGCUGGAUAUUCUGGGCAAGUAA